AUGAAGAAGGGUCGAUUAUGUCUUUCAUAUGGUGAUAGUCGAUUAUUUGGAGUCGGCUUUCUGCUGCAGAAAACCACCGGUUUUUAUAGCAGCGUUUUUGCAAAUAUAACAGAGACCACCUUACAUACAAUACAUAAACUACAGUUAGACUUCACAGACGAGCAAUUGCUGCGGAAGGUGUGUGUUGAAGAGCUAGGUGGCCCUACUAUUGUGGUUUUUAGAAACGAAAGCACGUAUGCGCGUAUUUCUACCAUUGUCUCAUGUGGUGCUACGGACAAUUUCAUAGGAGACAUGGAGCGUGUUGUGUAUGAUGGUGCAAAUACCUGUUUAACAUGUGACGGUUAUUAUGUGCCUAGUACUGCUACCUCUGAAAUGAAUUUGACUUCCGAACUGGCUGUCCACGUCGAUACCUUACCCCGUCUAGAACAAUAUGCUGUACGUUGUAUGCGCAACACCUACACGAGCAAGUCCUCGCGCUUUAAGUUUACAAUUACAGAUAAGUUGUAA